AUGGCCGCCGAAGCCCAAGUCGCUCUUCAAAUAAACCGCAUCGACACGAUGCGUAAUAUGUCCAACCGCUUGACCGACGCCGUACUCGCUACUCAAGGUGCACCCGCUAUUAACGCUGAACUCGCUUUCUUGAAUGAUUUGUGGACUCGCUUCAACACAACUCAUGAGAGAAUUUUUGAUGAUAUCCCAGAGAUCGUCGAAAAUGAAUACCAUACAGGUAACGCUUUUGGUACCGCUAGUCAAGUGUACACUGAGCUCCUGGUGAGACUCAGCGCUGCUAAACCCGCUCCAGAACGUGUUUAUGAUGCACAUGCUAUCAAUCACGAUCAAACCGCUUACUUUGGAGGUGCGCACAAGACCAACUUGCCGAAGAUUAAGCUGCCAACGUUCCAAGGCAAUUAUGACGAAUGGGAUUCGUUCAAAGAUCUAUUCACGUCGCUUGUCAUCAGUGAAAAUUCGCUAACUGGGUCACAAAAAAUGCAUUACCUGAAGACACAGGUAAAAGGUGAGGCCGCUGCACUACUCGCCAACCUGCUGGUAACUGAUGACGCUUUCCAACCUGCAUGGGAAUUACUAAAUACUCGCUACACAAAUCCACGUCGAUUGCUCGACGUGCACAUCGAUGGUUUGUUAUACAGGCAACCGCUAACUGGUCACUCCGCUGCUGAAUUGAACGCUCUGUUGCUGGCUAACAAAAAUCGCUAG